GUUUGAUUGCACGGUACACUAACGGCUUCCUCAGCACCGGCGUGAAGCUGAGAGUUGUCCGGUUGUUGGGUCACUGCUUGGUCUGACAUUUCGCUGUGUUGGAGGUAACGGACUGGCUGGAGUGGGAGGUGAACUCAUUUCAUAUGGCUACUUCCAGCAAGCAUAGAGACUCGAUAGAACAACAGACCAGCAUAAAAGAUUCUGAUAUACAGAGAGCAGGUUAUUGUGAAACUGAGUGGCAAACACCAGCACUUGCACAAAAGUGCCAACGCAAGACCGAAAGAAGGCCAAGUACAGCUGAUAGUGGGGACACUGCUUUAGGUACAUCUUGUUCUGAGAGCACUGAUGAUUUCUGCUGCCCCAGUGAGAGUUCGUCCUUCAAACCCAUACGUUCACAAUCCAUCAUCCCUACUGCUCAUGUCAUGCCUUCUACAUCCAGCAACAUGCCAUCUAAUCUCCACCCAAUGGGUAAUCCUGUGUUCAGUUCCAUAUCUGUACAGCCAAAUGUUGCCUCAGAUGCAAGAGAGGAAAAGUUUGGGAAGUGUUCUUCGUUAUCCAAGUUGAAUGGGGUUGAUGUUUCUAGUUUUGAGACUAUGUCCAGCAAAAUGGAAGAUUCUUCUGCCAGUAUGAGAGCCUUGCCUAUAGGUUCAACAAAUCUCUGCCGAUCUGGAUUGAAUUUGCUCGACUAUUCUUCGUACCCAAAUGUUGAACAUCUGAGAUUGGGGGAGACAGUGCAAAAAUUCGAAACUCCUCAUGUUGAACCAACCUUAAAUCAGUCUGCAUUUUUGGACACCAUAUGCAGUGAUCCCAAGUACAGGUUUCAAGGAUAUGUCAAGAGUGAGGCACCUCAUAACAUCAAUGGCGCUGGAGACAAGGAUAAUUGCAGUAGUUAUGACAUGACUUUUAAAUCUUUGCCUGAGAGUAAAUCUGUACCAGCUGGCACUGCACAGUUAGGACCAAGACCUUGCUUGCAACCAAAUGGUGGGGGAGGCUCUGUUCCUGAAGGACUCCAUACUUUACAAGGACAGCAAACACUUUGGGCUCCAAUAGGGUUAAGAGAACAAAUGCAUGGGAAGCAGCUCAACUUUCGAUCCAAAGAUAGACCGUGUGAUCUAACCACAUGGCAGCAACAACAGUUGGAGAACCUUAGACUACAAGUGGAACAGAUGCAGGUUUUGAACCAUGGAUCUCAGCAAUAUCCUACUUUUUAUCCUUAUGCACAUCAUGAACCCAACAAAUGGGACCCACUUAUAAAAGCAAAUGAGAAUUUAUUGAAAGAGAAGGAGUUGGUGAUUGAAAGGCAGAAACAACAGAUCUGUCAACUGGAGCAGAAAAUGAGGGAGAGUGAGUUACAGAUGCACAGUGCCCUGCUAGGGCGUGCUGUUCCACUCAGUGAUGUCUGUAUACUCCGACUGCAGGAAUCUCUAAGGGAAAAUGCUUUCUUGCGGGCGCAUUACGUUGAACAUACAGAGGCAUUGGGUAAUGAGAAAUCGGAGAUGGAGAAAAAACUAGCAACAGCAGAAGUGGAGAUUCGCCGAUUGAAUGAGAGUCUCAGAGAAAAUACACAGAAGCACUCAGAUGAUAUGAAGAGAAUGGAAGAAAAGGUCCGAGGUCGUGACAAACAUAUCAACAACCUGAAGAGGAAGUGUCAGAAGGAGGCAGAGCAGAACAGAGAGAAGCAACAACGAAUUGAAACUCUGGAGCGGUACCUAGCAGACUUGCCCACCCUGGAUGAUUAUCAGAAGCAGAGCCGACAGCUGAAGGAUGCAGAAAUGCAAUCUGAACUGCUACAGAGCACAAUGCAGGAUCUAGAGGCCAAGCUUGGGGAAGCUCGUGCUCACUGCAGGGAAAAAGACAACAUUCUGGAAAAUCAAAAACAGAAGGAGAUGGAGCUGGUCUCCACAGUUCAUGGCCUACAGGAGAAAGUUGCAAAAUGUCUGGAGGAUGGUGUACGGUUACCUAUCUUGGAUGUAGAGAAGUUGAAGUGUGAGAGCAACAACCUCAAAGGAGAUUAUGAACGAGCCAUGAAGAUUAUUGAUAAACAGCAAAAGAAAAUGGAGCAACUUGCCUCACAAAUACAGGUCCUGGAGGAACGGGUGGUACAGGAAGAAGGGACAAGUCAAGGUCUUCGAGAAGAACUGUCAGGGAAAGAGAAUGGAUCACAAUUAUUGAGAAAGGCCAUGAAAGAGCUAUCUGCACAGAAUCAGGAACUUAUUGAAAAGAACUUGACUCUUCAGGAGCAAUUGGGACAAUUGGACCAAAAUAAGCAACUACCAUUGGAGUGCAUGCAGUUAUCAGAGAAAUUACACAGAGAGCUGGCCAGGAGUCUGCAUGAUCUACAAGCAAUCUGCAACAUCCUUACACAGAGGACCCAAGGCAAAGAUCCUAACCUCUCUCUCCUGCUUGGCAUACAAUCAAUGCAUUACUCCAGUGCGGAAGAAGGAGAUUGGCAAAACACUGAGCUACUGACCAAGAAACUGGCUGAAGUGAGGCAACUGGGCAGAGAUAUUGACGAGUUGCGAACAAUGAUAUCCGAUCGAUAUGCUCAGGAUAUGGGUGACAACUGUAUCACACAGUGAAUGUAUGCAUUGGGGUGGUGGGGAGAUGGGUGGAGGGGGGCACUCUUCUGGAGCUUUGUGUUGGACAAUCUGACAAAAAUGCCUUCAUUGAAAUUAAUUCCAGAAAAUGGUUCACAAACUUGCCACGUUGGCGCUUCCCUGUAAAUUAUAACACAGAUUAUCUCAUCACAGCUGUGUGACUUGCACCUCCUUUAAUGUGCUAGACAACAGCAUUCUUCCUCGUGUUACUGUUGUGCUUGCAGUAAAUAUUCAUUGCUACAGAAACAAAAAUAUAUGUUCAUCUGCUUUGUGAACAGUUCCUCUUCCUAAGGAAGGUAGCAACAUUUCCAGUAACCUGCAAAGCAGCUGAAACUUCGAAAGUUGUACUACAGAUGCUGGAAACUCAAAAAUGUUGAAAAUUAUCAGGUCAGGUGGCAUCUGUUUCAGAUCAAUAAUCUUUGUCAGGACUAUAUUGUUGGCUCUUUCCUUUUUCCACAGAUGCUGCCCAACACAUUUCCAGCAAUUUUUAAGUUUUGUAUAGCAAAUAAGUAUUUCUAAUGUUAGUCCCCACAUCAAUUGAAUUUCUGUCUGCUAAAUUUCUUAAACUGAAGUUUGCAGUCAGAAUAUAAUCCCAAGAAUGGGGAAUGAUAAGCCAUUUUCAGUGGGCAGUGAAAUUGAUUUUGGAAGAGAUUUUGUUGGCUAAAUUUAGAGAUAGAUGUGGUAUUAUUCAUACUGGUGAAAUUUAGGGUGUGAGGACUUCUAAAUUUAAGGAAUGGGGUACUUUUAUCAGCAAAAGUUAAGCACAAUCCAGAAGGAAGAAUGGGAAUUAAUAGACAAGUUGGGAUAGCAUUUUCAGUUUCCACCCUGAUCUUAUUGUGGGGUACUGUGAUACCUCUCUGUAAACUUGAUGCCCAUUACUGAUGAUACUUGAUUACUUUGCAGAACAGCUGGACAGGAAUGAGUGUGUGCAAUUCUCCCAGUCCCCACCACCUGAGUUGAGUCGAUCUCUAUUAACAAUUUUAAAUCUUGUAUAUUUUGGUGAAUUUUGCACUCAAAGUGAAUUAUCUUCCAGACUGAGGAAUGGGCACUGUAUGUAUUGUCACACUGGGAAUUGAUGCACGUGCAAAUUUCUGCUCCUGUGCAUCUGUACCAAUCUGGCUUUCCUUUCCCCAGUGCACCUAUCAGAUGACCCAAAUGCAGAUAGGGAGCAUUAAGAAUUGAAUUGUGACUACCACAACCAAAACUAGAACCUAGAUUCUGCAGGAAGAUAUUGAAUCAAUGAAUUAAGUGGAUUGAAAGCUUUGAUUGCUUUUGGGAAUCUCAAAAGUGGAGUUUAUUGAAGUGGCCCCUAGGUGUGAUAGUGUUGCAGUUCCAGAUUGUGCAUCUGUUCCAGUUAACUGUAGGGAAAGAGUAGUUGUGGGAAAUGAUGCUGUAUUUAACCUUGAAUAAAAUGAAGCUGGUGCCUGAUCAAACAGUGAUCAUUCCAGCAUUGUUGAACAGUUACUUGUACAAGAUCCUUAUCAUUUAAUAGGCAAUGCUAAUUGAUUCAUCAUUUUCAUUCAGGUGGAUGAAGGUGUAUAAAGUCAACUGGAGGUGCUGUAACAACUAGUAACAAUUUGACAGAUUUUCAGUCCGAGUCUCUCGGGGUGUUUUCUGUCAAAUACGAACAGAUAGGCUUGUUUUCAGUCCAUUUCCUGCAUUCAUAAGGUAGAAGAACCUCAUCUGUAAAUAAAAUAGUAUAAAAUUUUUGGUUGUAUUUAAGUGCCACAACGUCUCACUUUGUCCAGUGGUCUGUGAACGAAAACUUUCCUUUGUGUAAUAUUUGAUGCAAUGUUAGAUUUUUUCUGAACUUCUACCAGACUAAGAAAUUUUCUUUUUUUCGUACUGAAAAACAUAAAGAUGUCAGAAUAUAGGGAAUAAUUUAUGUCUGAUAUAACUGGAAAGUGUGCCCUGCAAAUUGAGCCAUAACUCAGGAUAUCUCAUCUUGCAUUUUAUCUGAAUGGGGUUAAUUGUGAUAGAAAAUUCACACCAUCUCCUUUGCUUUGCAAGGACAUCCAUUUAUACUGAUUUUAUUAACUUUUUCUAUGUUUUUAAUGCCAGAAUUAUUUAUAAAUUUCAUACAUGUAAUUAUGUUUGUAUUUGCAAAUAAAGUUUUAUAUUUUACUGGCUGC